UUCUGUUUAAGUUUUUCCGGUGUGUAGUUUUCAUCUAUUUGUUUGUUUUUAUUGCCACACAUUGCUAUGAAGUCGUUAUAGCAGGAUCAUCUUCAGGCAGGAGUGGAACUGUCACUCGGUAGCUUGGGCUGCAGUCUUGUCCACAGAAGUCACAGACAUUUCACAGGUCCAGGGCUGCUCUGACGGUGGGACACGCCCUGUGUGGCGGAGAUGACACGCCCCCUUAAGAUCACCUGGCUAAGCCUUCCGAUAUGGUUCCUAUUGGCGAUGUAUACAAAUGGACAAAAACUAGGGGUGCGUACACAGGGGGACCCAUCAGAAGGCUGUGGUGGUAGAGACUGCACCGUGUGCCAGUGCUUCCCAGCUAAAGGAGCGCGGGGUUCUCCUGGUGCUCUGGGGAUUCAGGGUCCUCAGGGCCCCCCUGGAUUUCCAGGUCCCCAAGGCCCCCCAGGUGAGAAGGGUCUCCGUGGCGAUGAGGGCUUCACUGGUGGUCCUGGCCUGAAAGGAGAUAUGGGCAGUGCAGGCCGAGCUGGAUUCCCUGGCUUGAAUGGCGUGGACGGUCACCCAGGGCCAGGUGGCCUUCCUGGCCUGCCAGGAUUGGAUGGCUGUAACGGAACCCGUGGCAACUAUGGAUACUCUGGCGUCCCAGGACAAGAUGGCUUACCAGGGCCAGCAGGUUAUCCAGGAGUUAAAGGAGAGAAGGGCGAGAUCUCGUUCAGAGUCAAUUACCUUCCUGGUAUCCCAGGAGACAUCGGUCUGGCCGGACUACAUGGUCGUUCCGGCCUUCCCGGAUCUGUGGGGGCACCGGGUCCAAUAGGGCCAAUAGGUCCGGAUGGAAUCGAUGGAGUUCCUGGUCGGCCUGGCGAGCGGGGUCAGUCUGGUGAUAAUGGAAGAUCUUUACCUGGACAUAAAGGAGAUGAGGGUGAUGUCGGGAUCCAGGGCCCUCCAGGUCCCUUUGAAGUUGUGGACCUUCCAGAGGAAUUUUAUGGCAAAGGAGAGAAGGGAGAUCCAGGACCAAGAGGAAACAUUGGGUAUGAUGGUGUAGUGGGUCGGCAAGGAUUUCCGGGAGAAAAAGGGGAGAAAGGUGUCCGUGGCUACCCCGGAGAAAGAGGUCCUCUAGGUCCUUCAGGCCUACAGGGUUAUCCUGGAUCAAUGGGCUCUGACGGGGAUGGUGGUCUACCUGGACUCAUUGGUCAACCUGGACCCAAGGGCUACACAGGCGACAUUGGGUCGAAGGGUCAGACUUUUUACAAUCAAGUUGACUACAGAGGAAUGAUGGGAGAUCCUGGGUAUCUUGGGCCCCCUGGGCCACCAGGGGACCCUGGGGUGAUGGGGAUGCACGGACCCCCAGGACCGCGUGGGAUUCCCAUCCCAGGUCCUGCUGGAGAGCCAGGUCUAGCGGGGCAAGCAGGACUCCCUGGAGAGAAGGGUGAUCGAGGUCGUGCACCAGACUAUGUUGUGCCUGGAGAACCAGGGAAAAAAGGGCUGCCUGGGGGUAGAGGCCAACCAGGACCCCCCGGCCCUGAUGGAAGGUACUGUGUCCCUGGGGAUCCUGGUGUGGAUGGAGACAAGGGAGAUAGAGGUGCACCAGGCAACAGAGGAGACAAAGGAAUCACAGGUGUUUACGGUGACUGUGCAUGUGGACCCGGUUUUGUGGUUACUGGACCCCCCGGAGAUAAAGGUUCUCAAGGGCCGAGUGGAGUUCCGGGUGACUCAGGAGAGUCCGGACUCAGUGGCGAUCCCGGAUUCUCAGGGCGUCCGGGUGGGAUCGGUCCAGUUGGCUAUCCUGGAUUUCAAGGUCUGAAAGGAGAUAAGGGUCAGAAAGGUGUAACAAUCUUACUCCCAAACGGCAACGGUACAAAAGGUGAGCGUGGGCCAAGUGGGCCUCCGGGUCGGCGUGGAUUAACAGGUAGACCUGGAAUCAGAGGCAAUGAGGGACAGCCUGGACAACCGGGGCCUCCGGGAGACUCUUACCUCCCUGACCGAGGGGAUCCAGGGUAUCCUGGAUACUAUGGCAUUAAGGGCCUCAGGGGCCCAGUUGGCCCUCCAGGGGCAAGUGUGCCCGGCGCUUCGGGGCAACGGGGCCCCCCUGGGGAUGAGGGCCCUCUAGGACCAGGCGGACUGCCGGGGCCAAAAGGAAAUCCAGGUGAUACCUUCCCAUGCCCUCCAAUGAGCAUAGGCCCACCUGGGGACAAAGGACAACGUGGUUCACCAGGCCCCCCAGGGCUUCCAGGCCCUAGUGGCAUCACGGGACCUCCAGGGUACAACGGCCCCAAAGGAGAGAGGGGAGAACUAGGACAACCAGGAGCACGAGGAAGCCUGGGUCCUCCCGGGUUUAGUGGAGACCCAGGCCGACGGGGUCCAGAGGGGCCCAGCAUCGAUGGCCCCCCAGGAAUACCCGGCAGCCCAGGCUCCCCGGGACUCAAGGGGCCCAACGGCCCCUCCACUCCUGGGCACCCGGGUUCAGUCGGGGACAACGGACGCCCGGGCUUUCCUGGAACCCCGGGCCCCCGUGGACCAACAGGCCAACCGGGCACACCGGGUUUUCCUGGAAACAAUGGAGUACCAGGACCGAGAGGACCGGCAGGGAGUGACGGCUGCAAAGGCAGAGAGGGGCCUAAAGGAGACACCCCUCUCUUCUGUCCGAACGGUCCACCUGGCCCACCUGGUCCUUCAGGCUGCAAGGGCUACGACGGGGCAAACGGUCUGAAAGGGGAGAAAGGUUUGAACGGGGAGCAAGGCUCUCCUGGCCAGGGACAGCCUGGGCCUCCAGGGAAGCCCGGAAAUCCAGGAACGCCGGGCUUCCCAGGUUCCCGGGGGGAAAUGGGGCCAAACGGGGAAGAUGGACUGCCUGGAGCUGUCGGACCGAAAGGUCCACAAGGUCUGACCGGUUGGGCAGGGUUGCCAGGGGAUACUGGACCAAAUGGCGCUAAUGGGCUUCUAGGGAGGAAGGGAGAGCGGGGUUCCGACGGACGGCAAGGAUUCCCAGGAGGCAAUGGAGUACCAGCAGAGAAAGGUGACAGAGGCGCAACUGGUCCCCCGGGAGAAUCAACUUUCAUCCCCAUCAAAGGCUGGCCUGGAUACCCUGGACGUCCAGGUGGUCCUGGAUUCACAGGACCUCGAGGUGACAAGGGCUUGCCCGGCAAACCGGGCCUCCUGGGCUAUCCCGGCCAAGAGGGGUUCACUGGCCCCAGCGGCCCUCAGGGACGGAGGGGGAAGAACGGAGCACCAGGAGCACCAGGCCUGCAGGGGCCACGCGGGUUUCUGGGCAACAAAGGGGAGCAAGGAAGAGAAGGGGCCCAGGGAGACCCUGGAGGCGAGGGCUGUGCAGGACGACCAGGCCGUGAUGGAGACCCAGGGCAAAAAGGUGAUCCGGGUGAUACUAUUACUUAUCCAGGACCUCGAGGGGACAAAGGCGACGUAGGUUACAGCCCACCACCAGGUACCCCAGGUGAGCCAGGUGAGGUGGGUGACCCAGGUUGCGUCGGCGGCAAUGGAACUAAAGGAGAGCCAGGAGCCCGCGGAUGUACAGGUGUACCAGGAUUUCCAGGUGUAUCAGGUCCUUCGGGCGUGACAGGUAAACCUGGCUCAGAGGGGCCCAUGGGCGAGGUUGGACUGCCUGGGCUUGAUGGCAGACCUGGACUCAAAGGACUCAAAGGUCCUCCCGGGCCAUUGGGACUGCAUGGCCUGGAUGGUCUGAAGGGGGUGAAGGGUGAGGUCGGAGCACGAGGGCCUGGGCUUGAAGGCCCCCGCGGUCCUCCAGGUGCCAAUGGGGACAAAGGACAGAGAGGAAAUCCAGGCCCCUGUGGGCCCCGAUUACAGGGCCCUGCAGGCCCCAAAGGCCAGGAUGGAUCCACCGGACCUCCGGGUCCUGUCGGAGCACCUGGUCCAAAAGGCGAGGACUGUAAGGAACUCAGAACAGGACAGUUCGGAGAACCCGGUGUCCCGGGAUCAGAUGGACCACCAGGGCCACGAGGUGACAUGGGUGCUCAAGGGACAGCGAUGCCUAUGCGAGGAAGUGUCGGACCCCCAGGAGACCCAGGUGCCCCUGGGCUGCGAGGACCGAGAGGCAAUGCUGGACCUCCAGGAGUGCCAGGCAUAUCAGGCAUCCCAGGACGAAAAGGCGAACUAGGACAAACCGGCUUCAUGGGCUCCCCAGGACCCAGAGGCUUUGAUGGGGAUGCUGGAUAUAAUGGACUCAAAGGCCCGAAAGGGGAGCUAGGAGAGACAGGUCCUAAGGGGGACGCAGGGGGCCACAUGGGAGGUCCGAGUCCCCGUCCUCCCCCCGGGCCUCCGGGGCCUCCUGGUUCAUAUGGGCCCUCAGGUGCCCCAGGGUUCCCCGGCCCUAACGGCAGAGAAGGUGGCAGAGGCCAUAAGGGUGAUGCAGGAGACCCAGGAUAUCCAGGAAUCCCUGGAUCACCAGGAGCUAAAGGGCCCUCAGGAAACCAGGGAGUGUUUGGAGACAUAGGAAUACCAGGACAACAGGGUCCCACAGGAGACACCGGUGAUCGCGGAGAUCCGGGACAAGGCACCAAGUACAACUCUGGUUUCCUAUUGGUCAUCCACAGCCAAUCAGAAUCCAUCCCUGUGUGCCCUGCUGACCUGAACCAGCUGUGGACUGGAUACAGCCUCCUCUAUUUGGAGGGACAGGAGAAAGCCCACACACAGGACCUUGGCCAGGCCGGCUCCUGCAUGCGCAUGUUCAGCACCAUGCCCUUCUCCUACUGCAACAUGGCCUCCUGCAACCACGCCAGCCGCAACGACAAGUCCUACUGGCUCUCCACCAACGCGCCGGUGUCCAUGCUGCCCGUGGAGGGCCAGGACAUCCGCUCGCUGAUCAGCCGCUGCGUGGUGUGUGAGGCCCCCUCCCUGCCCAUCGCCCUCCACAGCCAGGACAGCAGCCUGCCCUCCUGUCCAUUCAAGUGGAGAGCUCUAUGGGAGGGAUACUCCUUCUUGAUGCACACGGGCGCGGGCGAUGAGGGCGGCGGCCAGUCGCUGACGUCGUCGGGCAGUUGCCUGCAGGACUUCCGGACGCACCCGUUCGUGGAGUGCCAGGGCCCGCGCGGCUCCUGCCGCUACUACACCAACAUCUACAGCUUCUGGCUGACCCGCGUCAGCGCGAGCGAAGCCGACUUCGGCCACAGCCCCGACCAGGCUCGACUGGAGAGUGCGAGAGAGCACCGGGGAAUGACGAGCCGCUGCCUGGUCUGUAUGAGGGAGGAGUGACCCCCCCCCUCCCCCGCCAACGCCCGCCAACCACACUGAGCAGGCCACACAAAGAGUGGUUGACCCUAAAGGAAGCAGCGGGCAGCGGUGGACUAUGAAAAAUUACAGAAGCAGAGGCAGUGAGAAUUCUCAUUGGUUGUCACUUUCCUCUCUCCCCCCCUAGUUUUCUGUGGCAAAAAGCGACUAUGAACUUAUGGAUGCUCUGGUUUCCUUAAAAACACAUUUCUCUGCAAAGGGCAUCUGGCAAAAAAACAUACUUGAUUCGAUUAACUUUCGAUUUGUGUCUUUUUGUUUCAGACAACAUUUUUUUUUUUUUUUUUUUUUUUUUAAGGCUUAGAUUCUAGUAGCCUCUCUUAGCAGUGUGUAAUCCUGUGGUGCUAUUGGCUGAUUUGUCAGUCAGUCAAGUGCUGAGUUCUCCAAAGUUAGUCACACAUAUUUUUAUUGGUUGGGUUGGAGUCAUUGCUUCCUUUCCACAGUAACACAUUCUCCUAAUUGGUGGAUAUUGUCAUUCAGGAACUGCCACUCUGUUUCAUUGGCCUCUGCACUGCCUUCGAUGACUUUUGUAAGUGUGAGAGCUCAAGGAGGAUAAUGAGUACAUCACGGCUGAACAUAGCUACGGCUAGCGCUAAGCACUUACGUCAUGUCUGUCCCAUGUACGGGCCGCUAGCCAGCUCGCUGCCCUCUUUGUCCCUCUGUCAGUCAAAGGUGAAUGGCACCUGAAAGAUGGCAUUCAUAUCCCUCUAUUUCUCUCCCAUCUUUUUCUUUCUCUUUCUUCCAUCCUCCCUGUCUCCCUCCCUACUCAGUCCAACACACGGCAAAAGGGGAUUGAAGUAUCGUUUGCUUGGGAGGAAGAGCUGUGACGCUCACUGAUGUCUGCCCAUUGUCUGUUUAUCUAUCUUCCGAUGUGGGUUACUAUCAUUUUAUGAUAUAGAGCCUACACACACACACACACACACACACACACACACACACACACACACAUUCACACAUUCACACACACACACACACACACACACACACACAUACAAACACAUGCAACUCCACAUAGGACAUGAAUGCACACCCAUACAUUCAGAUAAAUCCUUUUUGUAAUCAGUAGGCUCCUCUCAAGGUCUCUCCUCGGGCCUCCGGCUUGUUCCCAGUGAUCUAGAUAAAGAAUGAUGGGGCGGCAACAAUGGGAUAGUCUAUCCAGUGUUCUUUAUAGAUCAGUAGAAACGAGCCGGAGUACCGAAGAAGGAAGGAAGGAAGGAAGGAAGGGAGGAUAGAUAAAAACACGAAUGAGAAGAGCCCAGUGUCUUAGUUCCCCCCCCCCCCCCCUUUCAGUUUGUGUGUUUGGAAGCAUUGCUAAUGCUAUUGUAGCUCAGUGGCCUCCUGUCCUCCUCUUGCGAGUCAUGCUCUCCAUCAGGGGUCCUUCUGUCUGGUCUGUCCUUUUCUGGUGUACUCCUCCUCCUAUGCCUGCUUGUCUAUCUGUUUUAAAGAGAGAUGGUGUGUUAUUUUCUCUUUAAGGACUAACAAAAGCCAUUAAAUCAUACUAACACACACACACGCACACACACACACACACACACACACACACACACACACACACACACACACACACACACACACACACACACAUAGACACACACACACACACACACACACACACACACACACAGACCAGGUUGUAUUCAGUACUCGGCAUAUCCACUUUUUGUAUUAACAGGAUUAGAGUCAUGUUAACCCGCUUCUCACUGUUUUAGCCCUAAUGAUAUAUUCUAAUGUAUGUAAAUAUGUUUGCACUGUCAUAAGAACAGGAAUGCUUUAUAUUUUUACUGUAAAUGUCAAAAGUAUUUAUUUAGCUAGUGAUUAUUUUGGUGCUAUUUUGAAAGAAAAAAAGAAAGGAUUGAUGCACACAUUUACUCUCUCUCUCUCUCUCUCUCUCACUCUCUAUCCCCUGUUCUUUUCCUGCACAGGGAGAGGUGUUUUGCUCUCCUAUGAUUCAGAUUGACUUUGUUGUUGUUGUUUUGUCAGCGCUGUUACUUUGAGGAGAGAUACACAGUGUCAGAGGAAGGGAAGAAGUGAGUCGUAGCAGUCAUGUAGGAGUGUGCGCACAUCUAUAUAUUCCAACAGGUGUCGGAUACUAAACGAUGCAAAAGGAAAAGGAAAAUAUCCGCACAGUGAGUCAGAAGUGGGUCAUGCCUGGGUUUAUAGGAACACACACGCGCACACACACACUCACACAUACACACACACACAAUCACUCUUGUCGUCUGUCUCUAACACACACAAACACACAAGACACACAUACAGCCACAGACAGGUAAAGUACAGUGUUGCAGUCGUACCUUCAUUCAGCAAUAAAUUGAGUGCGGAGUUGUAUGCCCCAUAUUUAAAAAAAAUGCUAUGCAUUUAUUUUUUUAUUUUUUAAAAAAUGGUCUGGAAACAAAUUGUUGUCAUCCACAGAAGACCCAUAUUUUUAUGAAGCCUAUGUAUGGGAUCAUAAUUUUUUUUGUGUACGUUAUAUCUACUCUAAUGCAAUGCGCAUCGGUAGAAUAUCGUCAGUAUUUACAGUGGAGGUCAGGUGAUGAUCAUUAUUGUGAAAGGGCAUAUUAUCUCCCUCUAGUUUAGUGCUCUCUCUCUUUUAUCUUUGCGAGGCAUAAAAUAUAGCAUUAUUAGAUUCCUUUAACCUUUAAGUCAGCAUGUCCCUUCUGUUGAUAUGUUUUUAUUUUCAGGAAAGUCAGGAAUCGAUCUGGAUGUCUUGUUCUCUAAAUCUCUGCCUGGGUUUGUGCAAUCCCCCCCUCCUCCCCAGAAUAAUCAGUGUUGUGCUUGCCGUUAUUUCCGCUGUAGUUCACGUCCUCAUUUUGAAGUGAGAAUGUCCCUCAAAGUUAAAUAAGGUUGGAAUCCCUCAAAAAGUUGAAGGUCUCUCUGACACCUGACUUAUGGGGACAAAAUUAGAUAGGUGCUCUUUUUUACUUGUGGGUAAAAGAGAUUAUUGUCACUUGGUUUAAUUGGGAUGUUGAGGGCCUUUGAGUGGGCAAUAGUUGUAUAUGAAAGGUGGAGGAUGUUUUAGAGACCAUUUCAUUCUUGAUUUUCUUCUCAACUGCAAACCUGUCUUGUGAUUACUGCCAUUCACUGCUGUGUCCAGUGGCCACACACACUCACACAAUGACACAGUCACUCACAUACUUACACUUGCGCCAAAUUCACUUGCACACACAGAAAACAGACUUGAACAGCUUCACUAAUUGGAACACAACCUUUUCCUUCCUCAUAGAAUGACACUUUGACUAACACACAUACACACACAAACACACAAGCAGAUACUCAUACGCAAACACCAGUAUCCUUAAUAAAUCAUUAUAU